CGCCGAAAAACUAGCCGAGUUUGGAAGACAGCAUAUUACUCGAGGGAUAGGUCGAGUCACUAAUUUGGUCAUUCAACAAGCUAAAGGCUCUUAUUUAUAUGACGUUCAAGGAAAAAAAUUUUUAGAUUUUACGACUGGCAUAGGUGUAACUUCUCUAGCUGUCCAAGAGCAGGCCGCAAAAUUAAAUCAUGGACAGGCUGUUGAAGGCGCAAUAAAGCUAGCUAGGCACGCAACGAAAAAGCAAAAUUUAAUCGUAUUUCAAGGCGGAUUUCAUGGAAGAUCUAUUGGAGCGAUGUCGCUUACUACUUCCAAAGUUAUCUACAAAGCUGGUUUUGGACCAUUGAUGCCUGGAGUUUAUGUUACACCUUAUCCAUAUUGCUUCACUUGCCCGGUACAUCGUGCCGUUCCACAAAAAUAUAACGUAACUAACUGUUGUGAUAACCCGAUUGAGCAGAUUGAAUUGCUUUUAAAACAGCAAACUGCUCCUGAUGAAACGGCGGCAAUGAUUGUCGAACCAAUAUUAGGAGAAGGAGGAUACGUAGAACCACCAAAAAGUUUUUUCCCGAAAUUGAGGGAAAUUUGCACUAAGAAUAAUAUUUUAUUAAUCUUUGAUGAAGUUCAGACUGGUUUUGGGAGAACUGGCAAAAUGUUUGCAGCUGAACAUUUCGGUAUUUUGCCGGAUAUUAUUGUUAUGGCUAAGGGAAUUGCUUCUGGAUUUCCUCUUAGUGGCAUUGUUGCGAAUAAGAAAUUAAUGGAUAUACAACCACCAGGAAGCAUGGGAGGAACGUAUACUGGCAACGCUGUAUCAUGUGCGGCAGCAAUAGCUACGCUAGAAGUAUUUGAAGAAGAAAAAAUAUUGGAAAAUUUUACAGGUGUACCACAUGGAUUUGCUACGGCAGUAACCCGAGAGGCAUUUGAAAAGCAUGAUAUGAUUAUAUUAACUACGGGAGUUUAUGAGACUUUGAGAUUAAUUCCACCAUUAACAGUUACAGCAGAUGAAAUUAAUGAUGGGAUUGAGAGAUUAAGCAUACCAUUAGAAUUAAUAGAUGAUUUGCCAGUUAUCUGA